CUUAGCUGCGUGGCACUGGGCAUCUGGCCGAUAACAGUGAUAAGCUGCUCAAAGCAGGCGCCUUGAUAGUUAGUUAACCUAGGUAGCUACAUCCUUAGGUAGGCAAUUGAGCUGCGUCGCAAAAUUGAGAACUGCACUACCUAGGUAUCUACCUCCUGCGCUUUUCAUGUCGAUUAGGUACCUUUCUCUACCUCCCACGAGCCUGACACCGCGACACAGGCAUCGGUAGAUUAGCCCUCGACGUAUAUCUUCUUGCACCGGUCACGACCCCGAGCCUGAUAAUACGACGUGCGGCAUCUACUUCCGCAGUUUUCGCCAAUAUGUCCUACCAUCCUUACGGUGGCGUGCCUGGCUUCGGCCCGCCGCCUACCUACAACUCGUACCCCGGUGCCAAUGGCCCGCCAGGCAUGUCACCUGCACCUGGUCUUGGACCUCCACCAGCGGCAUGCCAUCCAACUUCCAGGCCCCCCCGAACAUGCCUAACAUCAACUUUAACGCCCCCGUAAUUCGCCUGGGAACCCUCUCGGGGAAGCCCUCCGCACCUGGCGCACCAAGUCGCAAGGACAGUGAGACCCCGACAUCGGCAGGUCCGAGGGCCGGCAUUGGGAUGGAUCGCAGCUUGGACCAGGCUCGCCAGGCUAUGCGAGAGAACAUGCAGUCGCUGGUACCACCCACUAAAGAAGAAAUCAUCCGUACUAUAUUUGUCAAUGGUAUCACAGAUGGGGUCGGUGGCAACUCAGGCGUUGAAGAGAUCUUAGGGACAGCAGGCAAGCUACGGCGGUGGGAUCGAACCGUAGACUCUAGUGGAAAAGAGUUGGAAUUUGGCUUUGCUCAAUUUGAAGACACUGAAUCGCUUUGGGUUGCGUCAGAGCUAUUCCACGAUGUUGAGGUGCCCAAGAAGAAGCAGACACCUUCCGACACACAUGCCACAGACGAUGAAACCUACGAGAAGCUCGACAAAUCACAACUCGGCUUUCGAUUUGAUGAGAAAUCAACAAAAUUUUUAGAGGAUUACAAAGAAACUAGGACAGAUGAGGCCGGUGCAGAGGCUAGACUCGAGGUUGCAAGAGGUGCGUUAAAGCAGCUGAUUAAGAACCUGUUUUACCCUCCAGUGCGAUCCAACGCCGAUGCGGAUGGCGAUGUUGCUAUGGGAGAGGCCUCAGUCCAGAAUGGAGAAAAUGUCGAAGUGGUUAAUAUCCCAUUGGCACAAGAAGACGAACUCUCCGAGAUUCCCGCUGAGAUGCGGGAGACUGUAGCCGCAGAAAUCGCAGCUUUUAGAGACCGAAGCAUACAAAGGGAUAUGGAAAGAUUGAAACGAGAAGAAGAGCUUGAGGCUCUGGAGCGGCAGCGAAACGGUGCACCUAGGCAUUCAAGAUUGGCCUCGCCACCACCAUCUAACACAAAUAGUAUACCACUAGGACCCCGGGGAGUACCUAAUGCGCCAUCUGGUCCUAAAGGCCUGAAAUCGGACCUAGGUAAAGAUUACAACCGGUCCGUCAAUUUUGUCAACGGCGGUGUAACCAAUGGUGCGGCGACAUACAAUAGAGAUGAAGAUGAUGACCCAGCGAGCGACGAGGAACUUGAACGACGUCGUGUCGCGAAACAAAAGUUGGAGGCCGAAAAGGCUUAUUUGGAUGCCGAGCGACGUUGGCUCAACCGAGAAAAGUCUCGAACGGCAGCUCUAGAGCGAGAAAAGGGCCGUGAUGUCACAGAUGAGGAAAACGCCGCUGCCAGGCGAGAAGAGGCAUUUCGGUGGUUGCAAAACUUCGACGACGAUGCAGAAGCCGCACGAAAGAAGGAGGAUUACUAUAAAGAUCGUAGUGCAUGGAUACGCGAUCGUGCGGCAAAGAGGGGGAGAGAAAUUGCUGCGGAUGAAGCCGAUCGUCAAGCAGAAGAACAGGAUCGGAUCAAGGACGAAGCGGAACGUGAGCAGGCUCGUGGUAUGGCCGAUUCAUUCCUCGAGAGGCAAGCGCAAGAAAUGGAGCAAAGACAGCCUAGCAGAACUGCCCUGGCAGCACCACAACCCUUCAAGUUGUCGCUCGGUGCGGCUGCGCAAAAGGCUCAAGCACAACGUGCUGCUCCGCAAAGGAAAACAAUUGCCGAGGUGGAGGGUCUUCUGGAAGAUGAAGACGAGGACGCAACUACGAGGCGACAGCUUGUACCCAUCAAAUUUGAGCCAACUGCGGCAGCGGCUAUGUCAGAUGAGGAGCGCGACCAAGCCGUCCGGGCUCUGGCACAAGAGAUUCCCAAUGAAAAGGAAGGUCUUUGGGAAUGGGACGUCAAAUGGGACUACUUGGAUGAGAGUGUCAUUCGCGAAAAGUUGCGUCCUUUUGUGGAAAAGAAGCUGGUUGAGUAUCUUGGUGUCCAGGAACAACUGCUUAUUGAGGUUGUGGAGGAGCAUCUCCGGAAACAUGGUCAACCAGGCGAGCUAGUGGAGGAGUUAGCAGAGGCCUUAGACGAUGAGGCUGAAGCCCUAGUAAAGAAGCUUUGGCGAAUGGUGAUCUUCUUUACGGAGAGUGAGAAACGCGGUCUCUCGGCGUAAUAAUGUGACUAGCCACUAAAGAGAGUCAAAAUGUAAUAAUAGCUAUCGGGUCUCUUGAUCUGGCGCGGAAUACGGUCUUAUUGUUCGAAGCAUGAAAACAUAUGCUUGCGGCGAGACUUACGUCGGUUCAAGAUGCAGCAGGCUUCGAGCUGCUACCCAAAAAUUGAAGUAACGGUCAUCUAUCAAGCAUUAGUCCAUGAUACAAAAACGAAAGUUAGGUUGUGUAACUUUUCCAAGACAAGCUAGAACCCCGUUACAAUGACAACAAGGUUAUGGAAUUCUAUUGUAUCAUCUAAUGACUAAGCUAA